UGCAUGCGCCACGUUGUCAAACAGAAACCCAACAGUUAGAUCCACCAUUCAUUCAUUCUUUUUGAAGACCGCUUCGCUGAGACAUGUCUGGACUUAACGCGUCACUGGGAUACUUCUUGUCUGUGGUGAUUUUCAGCGGUUUGUUACAUACGGUCCUGAGAAGAUGGCCUCGCUUCAGCUUUGUUUCUGAGUUUGCCUCCUCCUUCAUGCUGGUGGCAUGCUGGCUGGAGAUCCAGACCAUCGUGGAGGUGGGUCAGUGGGCCGGGGGCCUGGGCCAGGAUGUGACGGUGACCAUGCUGUUUGUCCUGCUGCUGAUUCACGGCGUGCUCUGUGCCGGGACGCCCGGGAACCCCAGCCUGGCGGUGCAGAAGUUCCUGCAGGUGGAGGCCUGCGCUCUGCCCACAGCCCUCGCCGUGGCAGCCCAGUUCAUCGGGGCUCACCUGGCUUUGCUCGCAGCCAGGUACUACUGGAACUUGGAGCUGACGGACAUGCACACGAUCAAAAACCUGAUGUCCAGUGAAUGCACCACCUCCCUGAUGGUCUCUGUGGUUCAAGGCUUUUUCACAGAGUGCCUCUGUGCCUUCAGCUUUCAUCUCAUCCAGUUAAACCUGCAACGUAGAUCUGCUCUGAUCAGAGUUCCCCUCGUCGCAUUUCUUCUCACCUUGUUCUCCCACACAGCCAGGAGCUACACGUCCGCUUACAUGAAUCCAUCCUUGGCGUACGGCCUGACCUUCCACUGUCCUGGGUUCACCCUCAAAGAAUAUGCAGUGGUCUACUGGCUGAGCUCUCUCACAGGCAUGAUGCUGGCUCUUCUCCUCUACAUGGGACACAUUCCCAGGCUUUUUACCAAGAACCUUCUGUAUUUCCAGAAGACGCGCUUCAGAGUCCCAAAAGCAGACAAACCCGAAAAGAAGAAAAAGUGACAAACA